AUGAGGUUAGCUGUUGCCGCCCUGCUUGCUUCGGGCCUUUGCAAUGGUCAGAGGUCGCAGUGCGAUGAGCAGCCUCAUUUGAAUUGGACUGCAGUGCGUGAGGACUUGGUGACCUACAGCACGCUCUCUGAACCUGUCAUGCGAAGCCGGCGCUGCUUUGGAGAUACUGGAAUAUGGUCCUAUUGUGGCAUUGCUGCGAUGAACAUUCUUCAAAUGCAGCCAGGCCUUAUCAGCAACUCUCAGUCACAGCUUGACACAGCCCAAGUGGACAACCCCUGCACGCCGGGCCAGGUGGCAAGCAGCCUCUUUGCGAUGAGCUUCCUCACUCCCGGCGAGCGAUAUGGGAUGCUUUGGGUUGCAGCCGGCCGCUUGCAGAAGUUGGGAAGCUUUGGAGACCUUAUGAGCUCAGGCUGGCCGAUGUUUGGACUCCUCGCCCGGCUCUCUGAAGUGAUCUUGCUCUCUGGUCAGGCGAGGCCAAUGGACAACCAAUGUCUUGGAGAGAAGCCAGUCCAAGAGCAUUUGCAGAGAUUGCGCUUGGAGCUUUUCCGUCGCCUCAGCGAGCGGCGUAGCAUCCCGGACGCCCUGGCACGAAAGGUGAUUGCUGCAGUGGAGCGGCUGGAACCCAGGGAGCAACGCCAGGAAGCAACCUCACCAGGCUGCUCCAUGGCCCUUGCUUGUGCCUGGGCUUCUUUGGGCGAAAAUGCGCAGCGGCGCUCCGACUGGGAAGCGCAGCGAUCCUUUGUAGCCCGGGUCGAGGCUUCGCUUCGUGCCAUGCAGAGCAACUACACGAUCCUGGACUGGUUGAGCUCCCAAUGGCCAACCUUUAGGAUUUUGCACAGGAUGCAAUUCAGCCUACUUCCAAAGGAAGCAGCUGAUGUGGAAGAAGGUUACUGGAUGCAGAAGGACCUGGUGCCGCUGGAAGCUGACACAGGAAGACCGAUGCGCUUUGUCUUCAACGUCGGCUUUUACAGGCCAGAUGCAUUGUACAUAGACGCGGCAGCUGACAUUGUCAGCACGGAUAUGCUUCGCACGCUGCCAGCUUUUUUUGGCCUACUCAUGGCACGGCCUGGGGAGAGGUGGAAUCUGGGACUUGCAUAUACUUCGAACGACUAUGCAGAUUUGAUUCCCUCCAAGGAUUUGUGGAGACUGCACGCGAGCAAGCAGAAGCUUCUCUACAUGCCAGAGCUCCAAGAGGUUCUGGGUGAGAAGGACCAGCAAUGCCGCGUGUACUAUGAAGCGCUGAACCGCUGGCAGGUCAGUGGGAAGCUGGCGAGCCAGGUCGGUGGAAUGCCACAGUGCUUCGAUAUGCCAACAGCUGCUACCAAGCUGAAAGCCUUUGCUGCCAAGCAGGAUCGUAUGGCCUUCGUGCGGAAGCCAGAAGGUGCUUGGGGCGGUCGUGGUAUCGAGAUCCGCUUUGGCAUCGACGACCUCAUUCCAGAUGGUCAAGAACACGAGGCAACUGGCACAUGUGAGUUCCAGCCAUUAGAGGAUGCACAGUGCUUGGGCCUGACCGAAGCGGAUGACCCACAAGCAUUUGCCUCCAAGGAAGCUUGCAGUGAUUCGUGCUGCAAGAUGGGCCUUAGAUGUGAGGCAUGGAACUGGCGAAAGACCGAGGGUUGCUGGGUUGGCAGCCCACGGUAUUGCACACCAUCCAACCCUUUCUACCUUGGUGGAUGGAAAGGAGGGCGCCGCCUCCCUACAGUUGCUGCCAGCUCUGCCAAGCAGAGGGCGGUCGUGCAGCAAUACAUUGUGGAUCCAGUCCAGUACCGGUUGGAAGGCAUUUGGCCACCAAUCACCGUGAAGACUGACAUCCGGAUCUAUGGAACAGUGGUUUCGAUGGAUCCGUUCCGUUUUUAUGUCAGCGAGUAUGGCUAUUUCCGGUCGGGCUUUUUGGAGAAAAACUACUCGGCCCAGCGCAACGAGGACUUUGAGGACCUGUUAAUGCACGUGACCCACCACAUUCCAAAGAUUGAGGCGGGGACCUAUCAAUGUCCAACAGCUCCAAGCUGGGAGCAUCCGGAGGGUGCUGAGCACGAUGCAGGCUCCGGAGGCUCCCUGCACAAGUGGUUUCGCAUUGCGGAGGAGCAGAAUGGUUUGGAUCGAAGGGAAGUGUGGAAGAACAUCAAGCUCUCACUGGCCGUUUUCCUGUUAUCAGCGAGAGAGAAGCUGAACUGUGCUUCCAAUGCAGUGCCACAUGCUUGCGGCUCUGUCGGCUUCCAUUUCUUCUCAGACCUCGUUGUGGACAGACAGGGCAGGGCCUGGCUCAUGGAGAUCCACCCCACUUUGGCCAUCAAAUCGCCCGGCCUGGGAGAUCCUGAAGCUGGCUGGGCCUGGGACCCAGAAAAAAAGAGACAGAAAGGAACUGUGAAGAGAAAGAAAUGA